CUUGCGCAUAUCAAUCCGACGACUCGAAAUUAUCUGUCGUCGCAAGUCGCAAACAUGCCUGGAGUCGUGCCCAUGCGAAGGCCGCGCGAAGACGAGGAUGAAAGUGAUCUGGACGCCUCGUCGCCUUCCUCAGAUAAGCGCCCACGUCUGAAUGGCAAUGGCUCGCAGGCUCCUCUACUUCCCGCAAGCUACGAAAAUGGACAGAAUGGCACCGAACCGCUCGUACACUCACCUGGAUCUAUCGUCAGAGUCGGAAUGAAGAACUUUGUCACGUACACGUCGGCCGAAUUCCUUCCUGGUCCCAGCUUGAACAUGAUCAUCGGUCCCAACGGCACUGGAAAGAGUACUCUGGUCUGCGCAAUCUGUCUCGGCCUUGGAGCCAAACCUGACGUCCUCGGACGAGCCAAGGAUCCUUCGGAAUUCGUCAAGCAUGGCAUGAAAGAGGCCGAAAUCGAGAUCGAACUUGAGCGUGAUCCUGCCCGUCACCGCACAAAUCCCGUCAUUAAGCGUAUCAUCAAAAGAGACUCGAACAACAAGACCUUCUUCAUGAUCGAUGGCAGGACCAGCACCCAGAAGGCGGUUGCCGAGCUGUGCCGUUCCUUCUCUAUCCAGGUCGACAACUUGUGUCAGUUCCUUCCUCAGGACCGUGUCGUCGAGUUCGCCGCCCUGGAUCCUAUCGAGCUUCUUGUUCAAACUCAAAGAGCCGCUGCUCCAGAUUACAUGAGUGAUUGGCAUGAUCAGCUAAAGGCCAUGCGCAAUGACCAGCGCAAACACCAAGCCGAUCAAGUCACAAUGACCGAAAACCUCAAAAAUCUCGAGGGUCGCCAGAACAUGCAACGUGGUGAUGUUGAGCGCCUGCGUGAACGUGCCGAGCAACAGGAAAAGCUCAAACUUCUCGAAACAUACAAACCCUUUCCUCAAUACAACCUCGCCAAAGAGCAAUACAUCGAAUCCAAGGAUCGUUGGAAGGAUGCCAAAAAUGAAUUCGCUGCGCUUGAGCAACAGUGCGAGCCUGCUUUGGCCGCUGUAAAGGCGAAGGAUGAAUAUGUCAAGGCCAUUGAUGCAGUUGUCAAGCGUCGCCAACGUCUGGUCACACGCGCACAAGACGACAUCAAAGCGAAAGUCAAGAAGCAGAAAAACGUGGCGGAAGCAAUCAAAGCUUGUGAAGCCGAGGUCGAAGCUGAGAAGAAAACCGUCAAAACAUCAAAACAGGAGCGUGCUCGUCUCGACGGUCUGAUUAAGAAUCUACAACGUCAACUUGAGAAUGAGCCGUCCAAUGUGGAUGUUGCUGCAAUCAACGAACAGAUCAGAGACAUCACGCGCCAACAACGUGAGAAACUUGAUUCUGCCGAGGAGGAGAACAGAAAGCAAGACGAUCAAGCCACUCAAGCCAAUUCACUUAAACAACGCAUAACCGCAGCGGAGAACAACCUCAGACAGCUACGAUCCAAAGCCGGCCAGCAAGUCAACAAGCUGACCAACGCCUCUCCGGAUACUGCCAAAGCCUGGGACUGGAUUCAGAGUCACAGAGAUGUCUUCACUGGCAAAGUGUUUGGACCGGCCAUCCUCGAAUGCUCAGUUAAGGACCAGAAGCAUGCUAACCUCGUCGAGUCGGUACUCAACCAAGCAGAUAUGGUUUGUAUUACCAUGACUGACAAAGCAGACUUCAACCUGCUCCAGCGCGAACUUCUCGACGGACAAAGAUUGUCCGACAUCAACUUGCGAAUGCUGGACACACCUCUAAGCCAAUGGAGAAGGCCAUAUGCUGAGAACGAACUACGACGACUUGGCUUGAACACCUAUAUCUUGGACCUCAUCGAUGGACCUGAUGAAAUUCUCAGCAUGCUUUGCGACAACAGAAAUAUCCACAUGUAUGGUGUCGCGUUCCAAGAGUUGAGCACUGAACAAUUCGAUGGAAUGAUGAACAGCAACAUCACAAACUGGGCAACUCCGACUGAAACCUACAACGUCGUAAAGAGACGAGAGUAUGGCGAUGCUGGUACAUCGACACGCACAGCACGUAUCCGACCAGCGCGAUUCUUCACUUCUCAACCCGUGGACACACAUGCCGAACAGGAAUACAAAAACGCCAUUGCUGAAUUCAACGACGAGCUCCAGCAUGUCAAGCGCCAGGCCGACACCCACAGAGCUGCUAGUGGACGUUACGGACACGAACACAAAGAUCUCGAAAACCAGAAGAAGGACCUCGAAGACGAAAAGAAGAGAGCUCAAGACGCCAGAUCGCAAUGGCAGAAGAUCCCUGUCAAGAUUGCUGGUCACGUUACCAAACGUGACGGGCUGGAAAAACGCCAUGCAAGCUACCAGGCUCGUGUACAAGCGAUCAAGGAGAAAGCAGACAAACUUGCCCUCGACAGAGCUCAAGACGCCCUGACUCUCGUGUCAUCAGUUCAGAGUCUGCAAAAGCUGGAGACAGAUUAUCUACAUGCCAAUCUUGCAUUGAUUGAGGCUGAGUCAGACUGCCAAGUUCUCACAGCACACAACGAGGAAGUACGACGAACACUCGCUCAAAGCGCGAAAGAUGUCAAGAUCUUGGAGAAUGAGAAGGAUCAGCUCAAGAGAGUGGCAACUGAGGUUUACAACGUAUGUCAGGAGUUGCGCAACAAUAUGACCGAUAGGGAACACGAGCUUUGGCUCGAAUACGACCAGCUGAGCCUGGAAGAGCUCGAGGCCGAGAUCGACAGCACCAAAGCACGACUCGAGAUGGUACAUGAGGGCGACCCGCGUGUUCUUCGUGAGUACGAGGAUCGUGCUGUCCAAAUCGAGCGUGCGAAGCGUAAGCUGGAGAACAUUGAAAAUGAUCUCGUGGAAGUACAACAAAACAUCGACGAGAUCCGACAAAAAUGGGAACCAGAGCUCGACCAGCUCAUCGGCCAGAUCAGUGAUGCGUUUAGCGAAAACUUCGAAAAGAUCAACUGUGCCGGUCAAGUCGCGGUGUACAAGGAAGAUGACGACUUCAAUAAAUGGGCCAUCCAGAUCCAGGUCAAGUUCAGAGAAAACGAAGAACUCACCGUCCUCGACUCUCACCGCCAAUCCGGCGGCGAACGUGCAGUCUCGACCAUUUUCUACCUCAUGGCUCUGCAAAGUCUAGCCCGCGCACCCUUCCGCGUCGUCGACGAGAUCAACCAAGGAAUGGACCCUCGCAACGAACGUAUGGUGCAUUCACGCAUGGUGGAUAUCGCUUGCUCGGAACACACGUCACAAUACUUCCUCAUCACGCCCAAGCUUUUGCCGAAUCUGGAGUAUCACCCUAAUAUGAAGGUGCAUUGUAUCGCUUCUGGAGAGUAUAUGCCUGAAGGCCAGGGAAAGCUCGAUUUUGGAGCGUUGGCGCAAAAGGCACUUGCUGUGUAUGGUGGACUUUAGGUGUUGGCAGAAGAUGGCUAGAUGGGUGGAAUUCUUUUCUUUUCGUUCUGUUGAUGCUUUGAGGAAGGGAGGUUUGCUGUGCCGUGCUGUGUUGUGCUUUGAGGAUGGUGUAGAUGGAUGUAACAGUUGGGAGU